AUGUUACUUUUUUUCAUUGUUUCUCUAUAUUGCUUUUUUUCUUUUUCAAUGUUGCUUUUUUCAUUGUUUCUCUAUAUUGCUUUCUUCUUUUAUGAUGUUACUUUUUUCAUUGUUUCUCUAUAUUGCGUUCUUCUUUUUCGAUGUUGCUUUUUUCUUUGUUUCUCUAUAUUGCUUUCUUCUUUUACGAUGUUACUUUUUUCAAUGUUUCUCUAUAUUGCUUUCUUUUUUGAUGUUGCCUUUUUCUUUGUUUCUCUCUGUAUAGUUUUUUUGUCGAUAUUACUUUUCUCUUUGUUUCUCUAUAUUGCUUUCUUCUUUUAUGAUGUUACUUUUUUCAUUCUUUUUUUAUUGUUUCUCUACAUUGCUUUCUUCUUUUUCUAUGUUACUUUUUCAUUGUUUCUCUAUAUUGCUUUCUUCUUUUUCGAUGUUGCUUUUUUCUUUGUUUCUCUCUAUAUAGUUUUUUUGUCGAUAUUACUUUUCUCUUUGUUUCUCUAUAUUGCUUUCUUCUUUUUUGAUGUUACUUUUUUUAUUGUUUCUCUAUAUUGCUUUCUUCUUUUUUGA